GCGGUCAUUCGAACUCUCGCAUAGCUUGGAACAACACUUAUAUAGACGUGCGAUACUCAUACAUACCAAAAGUGGACAAAACAGUAUACAAAAAUAGUUUAAAAAGUAUUUAGAAUUUUUGUUUGGUUUUCAAAAUGGUGUCGAAAAUCGUAGUUUUUGCGUUGAUCGUUGGUACUGCCAGUGCUGCCACAUUCAUGGGCUUGAACCCACCAAAGCCUAGCAGUUUAGCUCACAAAGAAGGCUGCUACAUCAAGGAGAUAAACGAUGUGAUUCCUUUCGGCGAAACUGUGACACCCAUCGGCCACUGUUACAGAAUAUCAUGCGGCGGUGAAUACAUUGACUAUGCCUCAUGUGGUGUCGUCGCAACUGAUGAUCCCAAAUGCUACAUUACCGACGAGGAUCUGAGUAAACCCUACCCCGAUUGCUGUCCCGACAUCAAGUGUGAUCUCGACAACAACCUUGUAUAGUUUAGUGUUAUAAGUUCUAGGGUUAAGUUUAAUGUAUUGUGUUAGAAUCUGGGCGUUAUUGAGGGCCUUUUUCACCAGUCUUUUAAGAAAUCAGCUACCAAAACCAUCAACUGUCGAAAGUAAGUUAGAUAAACUUUGGGGACAUCGUUUACUUAUUUUUUUUUUUUUUUUGCAAAUAUUAUUCGUUGAAUCAGUUUUUCUGCAGAUGGUGAAAUUGGCUACUAGGAUAGAGUUGACUUUGGGGUUGAAAAAUGCAAUGAGAAAUGUAUUUCAAUGUGCCAUAUAAAAUUAAUUUAUAUGUAGUAAAUAAAUAAAAUAUUUUUGUAUAAAUAUUUAAAAAAUGUGAGAGUGUGGAGUUUUGAUUGUGAAGAAAAAAAAAAUGAAGUUUGUAUUGUUGAAAUUAGAAUGUUUCAAUAACGCCACUAUUGUAACAUUGCGCGAUGUCUAGAGUCUUUAUGACGAAUAGAUAGAGUUCCUUUUUCAAAGAGUUUGUAUCCAAACUCUAGAAGCUAUCUUGCCACCAAAUUGUUGAAUUUAAUUUAUUUUUAUUGAAUUAGAAAUUAUUUUAAUUA